AUGAAGAGAGGGCCGCGAAAGUACAGCCCGGCACGGCCGUCAUCUGGAAGAAAGUCCAAGGCUGAAGCAAUCCGCGUCUGGGACAAGCUGGACACCAGCAAGCGAGGUUACGUGACGGUUCACGAUGUGCUGAAACAGGCGAAGUUCCUGGAGACUGAGUUUCCAGAUUUCAUCCGGGAGUACGAGUCUGUUGCCAGAGAUGGGCGUGUAACCCGGGUGGCUUUCCUGGACUACUGCGUUGGUAGAUCAGCUCCCGCCGAGGAUCGAGCACGAAAAGUUGACAUGGUGCAGCUGCGGAGCAUGUUCGAUGAAGUGGCAGGUCCUGCCGGACAGAUCCGAGUGGCGGAUCUCAUAAAGCAUCGUGCGCGAAUUCAGGCAGUCUUUCCACCACUACUGGAAAAGUUCUCCGAAAUCGAUCUCAGCAUGUCCUCCACUGUAAGCUGGGCGGAACUGGAGGUUUAUGCUGGAGGUACUGGCGAGUGGCUGGAAUACCAGCUGGAUCGAGUCGUUGGCCUGGAGCUGCUGAAGCAGCAGAUCCGACAGUUUCACCAUUCCGUCGUCCUGGACAAGAAGCGCGAGGAUGCCGGAAACAAGGUGAAGACUGGUGGCAAGUACCACAUGAUCUUUCAGGGUAACCCUGGGACUGGCAAGACCUCCCUUGCAAGAGUGAUCGCGCAGCUUCUGCACCGAAUUGGUAUCAUCCAGACAGACCUUCUGGUGGAGGUCCAGCGAGACAAGCUGGUGGCUGAAUAUGUAGGGCAGACAGGGCCCAAGACGCAGAAAGUCAUCGAGCAGGCGAAGCAGGGUGUUCUCUUCAUCGAUGAGGCCUACCGCCUGAGCCAGGACACGGGCAAGAGCGACUUCGGCCGAGAGGCGAUUGAGCAGCUCAUGGGUGCGAUGAACGAUCCCCCCGGGAAGGCACCGAUCAUGGUCUUUGCAGGCUAUGCUGACGACAUGGACCUCUUCAUGCAGGCCAACUCGGGCCUCUACCGGCGCAUUGGGUAUACCUUCGACUUCAGCGACUACACGCCCGGUGAGCUGGCGGAAAUCCUGAACUCGAUCGUCCGCGGGGCUGGCUUCAAGCUUGCACCGCAGCUCUCCGCCAACCAUUUCCAACGCCUGGGAAAUGUGAUCGAGGCGCACACCCUGGAGCAAGCCCGUGAGAUGAUGAACGGCGGGCUCUGCGAGCGCCUCUUCGACUUUGCCAAGCAGUCUUUGGACGCGCGCGAGGCCGUGGUUUCCGCCACCAACCCAUCGCUCGAAAUUACCGAGGGGGACAUCGUGGAGGCCUGCCGACGCAUACCCCCUCCGCCUGCCAGGGACGGCCGGCGUGAUGCGCGUGACGCAGGGGACCAGACCAUGCUGCUUCGGCGGACUGAGGCCCAGCUUCGGACGGCCAAGUCCGAGGUCCAGCGUCUGCAUGCGCAUCUGCGGGCAGUCAAGGCCGUCAGCGCGCAAAACGUGGCCUGGAAGGACGAUGCCAUGCCGGAAUACUCCUUCAGGUUUUGGUGCAGGUAUUCCCUGGGAUGCCUCUGCCAUUUCUCGCGGCGGGCAGCGCGUGCGUGCUCCGAGGCGUGCCGAUGUCCCAAGCGCAGCUCUCCGAAGGUGGGCUCCACUCCCGUGAUUCAAAUCAAAGAGUCGGACUCCCGGCCGGAGCUUCUCUCACCCUAG